ACUAGUGAGUUCUGGCCGGUGUCUGCAGGGCAGAGCUUUUCUCCCUGAUAAUGUUGUUUUGGGCGGUGCUCUCAUCCACUUGCCUGUGUCUGGCCUGAACAAGCUUUAGGCUCUUAUAAAGGUAAAAUGACUUGGAUCUGCUCAGUUUCUGCUCUGCUGGGGCCAAAUGCCUUGCCAAACUGGGGAGAGGGAGCUCACUGACAAUCAGAUGUACUGAAGGCAGGGGUGUUUGCCUAGAUUCAGGAUGUCCAAAGCAAGGACAGUGGGUGCAAGUGAGGUCUGUCUCACUGAAAGGAUGGAAAGCCUGAUUCCACAAGCUGAGGUGAAUAGCAAUAGCAGUGGUGCAGACCGGGAGCCCUCCAGCAGGAAUUCUGUGGUCAUCUGCCAGGCGGUUCGAAGAAGUAUCUUCACCUCCAGCAUCUCUUCAGCAGCAGAGAGAGUGAGCCUUAUGCUGAAACCAGAGGAGGAGGAGGAAGAGGAAGGAGCAACCUGUCCAGUGCUCUUUAUACAGCUCUCAGAGCUCUUCAGUACCCCUGAAGGACUGGAGUGGAGACAAACCGCCAGGUGGAUAAAGUUUGAAGAGAAAGUGGAAGACGGAGGAGAACGCUGGAGCAAACCUCAUGUGACAACUCUGUCCCUUCACAGUCUGUUUGAGCUGAGGACCUGUAUAAAGAAAGGAGCCGUCCUGCUGGAUUUGGAAGCUCACAGUUUUAAGCAAAUACUUGAGAAGGUGAUUGAGACCCAAAUAGAGAACCAUGCCCUCAGACCAGAGCUCUUGAAGCAACUCAUGUAUGUUUUGCUCCUCAAACCGCAGCACCAUAUAACCAAAUCUCAGCUGAAGAUGGUGGCUGAGAUGAGUGUGGGCUCCUGCUCUGACAAAGCUAACAGAUGCUCAGAUCCGUCAGGUGAGGUCUCAGAGGUACCUCUAAAGGAACAGCUUAAAAAUCACUUUAAGAAGAAGAUUCCAGCCGGGACUGAAGUGGCUAACAUUCUUGUAGGAGAAGCCAGCUUCCUGGAGAAACCCUUCAUUGCUUUUGUGCGUCUUCAGGAAUCAGUGCUUCUUGGGAGCUUGGCAGAAGUUGCUUUCCCUAGCAGGUUCCUCUUUAUCCUCUUGGGUCCCAGAGCCAAAGUGAAGGCCUACCAUGAAAUUGGCAGGGCUGUGGCCACUCUCCUGACAGAUGAGCUUUUCCAAAGGGUUGCCCGGAAAGCAAGAGACACAGAAGAUCUCAUUGCAGGAAUAGAUGAGUUUCUGGAUGAACUGACUGUCCUGCCCCCAGGCAAAUGGGACCCAACCACCCGAAUCACCCCCCCAAAGUGCUUGCCCUCGCCACAGAAGAGGAUCUCCUUGCACUUCCGUGAAUGGAAUCCUCACUGUCAUGGGAACGUGUCUGCCAUAGAGGAUCGGCACGUCCAUGGACACCAGCAUGUCAGUGAAGAGCUGAAGAGGACAGGAAGACUGUUUGGAGGGUUAGUAAAGGAUAUUCAAAGGAAAGCCCCUUGGUACUGUAGUGAUUUCUAUGAUGCCCUCAACAUCCAGUGCUUUUCAGCCAUUCUCUACAUCUUCCUGGCCACAGUCACCAAUGCAAUUACCUUUGGAGGGAUGCUGGGAGAUGCGACGGAAAACAUGCAGGGUGUGCUGGAGAGUUUCCUGGGAACUGCGUUUGCUGGAGCUUUUUUCUGCCUGUUUUCUGGUCAGCCCCUCACCAUCCUAAGCAGCACUGGGCCUGUCCUCGUCUUUGAGCGACUUCUUUUCUCCUUCAGCAAAGACUACAGCUUGGAUUAUUUAGAAUUCCGCCUCUGGAUUGGCCUCUGGGUGGCCUUUUUUGGCCUCAUACUGGUGGCUACUGAAGCCAGUUACUUGGUGCAAUAUUUCACACGUUUCACCGAGGAAGGCUUCUGUGCCCUCAUCAGCUUCAUCUUCAUCUAUGAUGCGGUUAAGAAGAUGCUGUCACUGGUGGAACACUACCCAGUCAACUGGAACUACAAGAUCAGUGACGUCACCUUGUACAGUUGCACCUGCAGUGUGCCAGAGAGAGACAACUCUUCUCUUUUGAACAAGACACUCUUCUCUGCCUUCAGCAGUUUUGGAGAGCAGUCAGAUUUGGAAUCUGGGAACUGGUCCCUGCUGACCAAAAAAGAGUGUGUGCAACUAGGAGGCCACCUGGUGGGCAGUAGCUGCAACUUUGUGCCUAACAUCACUUUCAUGUCUUUCAUUCUGUUCCUGGGAACAUUUCUCUGCUCCAUGGCCAUGAAGAACUUUAAAUCUAGCCGCUAUUUCCCAACAGCUCUGAGAAGGCUAGUGGGUGAUUUCUCCAUUAUCCUGGCUAUCCUCAUCUUCUGUGGAAUUGAUGCUGCCCUUGGAUUAGAGACUCCCAAGCUCAUUGUGCCCAGCACAAUCAAGCCUACAAAUCCUGCACGAGGCUGGGUUGUGUUUCCGUUUGGGGCAAAUCCCUGGUGGAUAUGCUUGGCAUCAUCAGUACCUGCCAUUUUGGUCAUCAUCCUCAUUUUCAUGGACCAGCAAAUAACAGCCGUCAUUCUCAACCGCAAGGAGUACAAGCUGCAGAAAGGGGCAGGAUUUCACCUGGAUUUCUUCUGUGUUUCUCUUCUGAUGAUAUUUACCUCUGUGAUGGGCUUGCCGUGGUAUGUGUCCGCCACAGUCAUUUCAUUGGCCCAUAUGGACAGCCUUAAGAAGGAGAGCACCACUUGCGCUCCAGGGGAACAGCCAAAGUUCCUUGGGAUCAGGGAGCAGAGGGUGACAGGACUGAUUGUCUUCAUCCUUACAGGAUUGUCUGUGUUUUUAGCACCUAUACUCAAGUUUAUUCCAAUGCCUGUGCUGUAUGGCAUCUUCCUCUACAUGGGUGUGGCUGCACUCAGCAGUAUUCAGCUCACAGACAGACUCCAGCUCCUGCUGAUGCCUGCCAAACACCAACCUGAUUUCAUUUACCUCCGCCAUGUUCCACUCCGCCAAGUACAUCUCUUCACCUUCAUUCAGAUACUCUGCCUGGCUGUUCUGUGGACCAUUAAGUCAACUGCUGCUGCUAUUAUCUUCCCAUUAAUGCUGCUGGCUCUAGUGGGUAUACGGAAGGCGAUGGAGUACAUCUUCUCCCUGCAUCACCUAGCUUGGUUGGAUGACAUUAUGCCGGAAAAGGAUAGAAAAGAAGAAGAAGAAAAGCUGAAGAGGAAGCAAGAUCAGGAUGAGAGUGACAGUGAUGAUUCCGAACGUAUGUACCAAGAAAAAGGACCAGAAAUCAACAUCUCUGUGAACUAGACAGACUGAGACUCACCGGUGGACAAGGCAAAAAAUGAAGAUGUGUGAUGCAUAAGGAUGGGUCUUCUGUAGGAGCUAGGGCUCAUGGGAAAGAUUAGCGAAGUCACAGAAUAAAUGUUUGAGGAAAACUUUCAAGGAUUACUUAGCUCAAGCUUCUUUAUUCAAGAAGACAUAAAAUCUUCCAGCUAGGCCUGGGAAGGACUCUGGGUGCUUCCAGAUGGGAGUUUAUUGUGGAAUCAAUGCUGCUCAUGCACACAGGUUUGUUUUUUGUUUUUGCGGCAACCACAUUACUUUCGGCCCCUCCAGACUUCCUUUUUAUUGCGCAUUCAUCAUGAUUUGUGUACAUGAUGUUAUGGGGGUGGUUAUGUGUGAUUGUGCUUUCAAUACCAUUUGCGCCUGCAAAGUUUUAGGGCAGUCAUACUGCUUCAUUUCCAAUAGGUGCAUGUCCUGUCAUUUCAUGCUAAAAUCCUGCAACUUUUCAUACUGCAGACAUUCCAGGUUUCUCCUUACCACAGAAAAUCUGAUAUGUAAAAAUCACCCACUACACAUUCUCUAUAGGCACAGUAUCUAGUGUGGAAGCUCAUUUUGGGGGGGGGGGUAGUUUGUCACAUAUGUGUUAACUAUUUGGUGAGUGGUCUCUAACAUUAUGCCUCUACUUCCAUCUUGUUUCUGGUGGCCCAAAUGAUAUGAGCAUCCCUAUUUCUACCAAUUUCUACAUGCUGAACAUAGCCUGGUUAGCAGGAGCUGUUCUCUCAAGAUGUCCAUAUAAUACAUGUGAAGGAAGGAUUACAUUGGGGACUAUGAUUGCAGUCUUAUCAGGUUCUUUAAAAUAAAUUAAUACUAAGGCCCUGAAAGUGUCACUCUUGUGCAAAACAUUCUUCUUAUUAUGCAAACCCAAAUGGAAAUGGAUAUGGUCCCCCUCCACCCACCCAAAUAGCACAAGCUUCUUUUUUGCCUCUUGUAAAACAUAACUGGGCUCCUUUUUGGAGGAAGGACAGGAUAUAAAUUUAAUAAAUAAGGCUGGUAAUAUUUGCUCCUGCACACUUCCUGGGAAGGCUUUUUUAAAAGAUACAUGUGCACAGUACAUAAAUAUCUGCUCACAUGCCUAAAACAGAAGGCCAAAAUAUAAAUUUAAUCAAUCAAUCAAUUCACAGUAAUGCUUGUAGGUCCUGCCUGUUUUCUUGCUUUACCUUGUCUUGAGAGGGGCUGAGAUUUGUGAUGAGCUGCCCUUUAAUUGUUCCUUGAAUGCUUUUUAAUUGUCCCAGUGUCAACUUCUGUUCACACUGGGCAGGGGGAAGCUUUAAUUACUGGUUCCCUUACAUGUUUUCUUUUCAUUUUUUAAAUAGCAAAAGAGUGUUAUUUCAUAAUAAAAAUGAAACCAGGGAGGAACUGGCAAUCCCACCCCAUAUAUACAGUCUGCCUAGUAAACGUCGCAAGACGUCACCCUAAGAGUCGGAAACGACUCGCACUACAAGUGCGGGGACACCUUUACCUUUUUUGUUGUAUGUAUGUAUGCAGACUGAGCUACAGAGGAUAAUUAUUGGUUACUGUUUUAUAUCCUUUUAUGGAGUUUUUGUUUUGUAUUUUUUAUAUGUUUUAUAUGUAUAUAAGACAGUAGAGGGAGAGGAGUGACUGAGGGGAAGGAUGAAAAACUCCCUCUCCAAAUCAGGCUUUGCCCACUGGUGUGGAUGGCAAGUGGCAGAAUAGCAAUGAAUAUCCAUGACUGAAAAAAAGGAAAUGUGUGGACGCUAGCAUGCCAAACACACACAUGGAAAAAUUGGAUCUGAAUGACCCCUUUGUGAUAUAAGGCCCUCACCUGAAAAUACUUUUUAAUGGUACCAGUUAUUCACUCCCAUGAGAGAAAGUAAAUUCAGGGCCACCACUGGGAUGAAGGCUAAUCUGCUCACUGCCCUAGUAAACCCAGUGUUUUGAGGGAGCAGGUUUCCCAGAUAUAUUUUUCAAUUACAGCUCCUUUGUCCCAUGGAACGUAAUGGGACCUACUGAGAAACAAGUCCCUUCCUUGAUUUGGAAUGGGGUGCAGAAUAUGAAUAGCCAUAAUUGUGUGUGAGACAAAGACCAUCAAAAUACUCUUCUCACUUGCAGACAAAACCCCAAGCUGUUUCCUAUGAGCUGUCUCAGAGGAAGGAGACAGCCUGCAAUUAGAAGGCCAUCUCUGGCACACCACUUAAUCUGGUUGAUGCAUGAUCGGUCUCACAUGAAGAUAAAGAGCAAAGCAGAAGGGAAAGAAAUGCAUGGGCAUUCUGUCUGUUUCUCACAUGUGUCUUGCUGGGCAGAAGAGACCCAUGCCACUUUACACAGUUGUGGCUUCCCCCAAAGAAUCCUGGGAACUGCCAUUUGUUAUGGGUGCUGAGACUUAUUAGGAGACUCCUAUUUCCCUCACAGAGGUACAGUUCCUAGAGUGGUUUAAGAAUCCUCCUUCUUGGGUAACUCUGAGAACUGUAGCUCUGUGAGGGGAACACAGGUUUCUUCUCAACACCCUUAACAAACUACAGUUCCCAGGAUUCUUUGAAGGAAACCACAAUGGUUUAAAGUGGUAGAAUAGUGGUAGAAAAGUGCUUUACAUGUAUAAUGCAGAUGGGGCCACAAUGUGUGCAAUUACCAAUGUAUUUAUUUAUGAAACCAUUGACAUUCCUGUGUA